AAGGGGGAACACCAGACAGAAAUCAUGGGACCUCUCCUCACUUUGUCCACCUUUGCUGCUGUUAUUCUCCUGGUAAUUCAUGGAGGUUUGUGUGUGGACAUCAUUGGAGGAAAUGAAGUAGCACCACACUCGAGACCAUUUAUGGCCCUUAUCAACAGCGCAAAUGGAAAAUUUAUUUGUGGAGGAGCUUUGAUCAAGAAAAACUGGGUGUUAACAGCUGCCCACUGUAAUGCGGAAGGAGGUGAAGUUAUUCUUGGAGCUCAUUCACGGAAAGCAAACGAAAGAGAAAAACGGGUUAUUCGGAUUGCAAAACAAAUUCGCUACCCACGCUACCGUUCCGAUCGUAAGGAAAAUGACAUCAUGCUACUGCAGCUUAAGAAAAGAGCAAGACUUAAUAAAGCUGUGCAGCUCAUUCCCCUGCCUACCUCAGAUGAUGAUCCCAAACCAGGAACAACUUGCACAGUAGCAGGAUGGGGACAAACUCAGAAUCAUCCGAGAAAGACUUCUGAUACCCUGAGGGAGGUCAAUAUCACUGUUAUCAGCAGGAAAAUCUGCAAUGACAACCAUCAUUAUAAAAACAACCCUGUUAUAACAGACAACAUGAUAUGCGCAGGAGCUAAGAAUGGAGGAAAGGACUCAUGUUCUGGGGAUUCUGGUGGACCUUUAAGAUGCAAUAAUGUGAUGAGAGGCAUCACUGCUUUCGGGAAGGCAAACAAGUGUGGUAGUGCUGAUGGCCCUGGUGUCUACACUCGACUCACAAAGCAAUACCUUCAGUGGAUAAGGAAAACCAUAGGGGAAGCCUAAUAGAUUGGGUUUUGACCAAGCAAUUUCCUACUAUGUACUUGUGUAAUAAUACCUAGUUUUGAAAAACGCUUUUUAAAAUAGCUUCAUUAUACUGGUAAAAGAGGUAUUCUCACACUGAAUUUUAGCAGUUUGAUGUCCUUAUAGGUGAAAAUAUGUAUGUCUGUUUUCAGGACAGAUGUGAUCUUAACAGGGCCAGGACACAGUGCUCUGAUACAACAGCAUU